CGGUGCAGGGCGGCGCUUCGCCCGGCUGGAUGGAGCGUGCGGGCGCUGCGACCCCGGAGGGCGACAUGCCCGGCUUUCUUCUGGCUCUUCAGAGCGAGAGCCGAGCCGAGGCGCCGCGGGAGCGGGUGCAGGAGCAGGACUUGCGGCAGUGGGGCCUCACAGGGAUCCGUCUACGCCCUUACCAGCUGCAGGGAGUCAACUGGCUAGCCCAGUGCUUCCACUGUCAGAAUGGCUGCAUCCUGGGGGAUGAGAUGGGCUUGGGUAAGACCUGCCAGACUAUUGCACUCUUCAUUUAUUUGGCAGGAAGAUUAAAUGAUGAAGGACCGUUUCUGAUUCUUUGUCCCUUGUCUGUUUUGAGCAACUGGAAAGAAGAGAUGGAGAGAUUUGCUCCAGGUCUUUCCUGUGUAACAUAUGCAGGUGACAAGGACAAGAGAGCCUGCCUACAGCAAGACCUGAAGCAGGAGUCACGUUUUCAUGUGCUGCUAACUACCUAUGAGAUUUGCUUGAAAGAUGCAUCUUUUCUAAAGUCCUUCCCUUGGAGUGUUCUUGUUGUGGAUGAAGCUCACAGGUUGAAAAACCAAAGCUCCUUACUGCAUAAGACUCUUUCAGAGUUCUCAGUUGUCUUCAGCCUCCUGUUGACUGGAACACCCAUCCAGAACAGCCUCCAGGAGCUCUACUCACUCCUCAGUUUUGUGGAGCCUGAUCUCUUUUCCAGGGAGCAGGUGGAAGAUUUUGUUCAGCGUUACCAGGACAUUGAGAAAGAGUCUGAGUCAGCAAGUGAGCUAUACAAACUCUUGCAGCCAUUUCUGCUGAGGCGAGUAAAGGCUGAAGUAGCCACAGAGCUUCCCAGGAAGACGGAAGUAGUGAUAUACCAUGGCAUGUCAGCACUACAGAAAAAAUACUACAAGGCCAUUUUGAUGAAAGACCUAGAUGCAUUUGAAAAUGAGAUGGCGAAGAAAGUUAAACUUCAGAAUGUCCUGUCCCAGCUUCGGAAGUGUGUGGAUCACCCAUAUUUGUUUGACGGUGUGGAACCAGAGCCUUUUGAAGUUGGAGACCACUUGAUUGAGGCUAGUGGGAAACUUCACCUGCUGGAUAAGCUGUUGGCAUUCCUGUAUUCCACAGGCCAUCGAGUUUUACUUUUCUCUCAGAUGACCCAGAUGCUGGAUAUUCUCCAAGACUACCUGGAUUAUAGAGGCUACAGCUAUGAGCGUGUGGAUGGUUCUGUGAGAGGAGAAGAGAGACACUUGGCCAUUAAGAACUUUGGACAGCAGCCCAUCUUCACUUUUCUCUUGAGUACCAGGGCAGGUGGAGUUGGCAUGAACUUAACAGCAGCAGAUACUGUUAUUUUUUUUGACAGUGAUUUCAAUCCUCAGAAUGACUUACAAGCAGCUGCCCGGGCUCACCGAAUUGGCCAGAACAAGUCUGUUAAAGUUAUUCGGCUGAUUGGCCGAGACACUGUGGAAGAGAUUGUCUAUAGGAAAGCAGCCUCCAAGCUGCAGCUCACCAACAUGAUCAUAGAAGGGGGCCAUUUCACUCUGGGAGCCCAGAAAACUACUGCAGAUGCUGACCUCCAGUUGAGCGAGAUACUCAAAUUUGGUUUGGAUAAACUGCUCUCCUCAGAGGGAAGCACCAUGCAUGAACUAGACCUGGAGUCUAUCCUGGGAGAAACAGAAGAUGGCCACUGGGUCUCUGAUGCCAUGCCUACAGCAGAAGAAGAAAGCAGAGAGCCAGAGGAAGGAAAAAACCACAUGUACUUAUUUGAAGGUAAAGAUUAUUCUAAGGAGCCUAGUAAAGAAGACAGAGAAUCAUUUGAGCAACUGGUGAAUCUUCAGAAAACCCUUUUGGAGAAGACUAGUCAAGAGGGCCGGUUACUCCGAAAUAAAGGCAGUGUUCCCAUCCCAGGCCUUGUGGAGGGGUCCACCAAAAGGAAGCGAAUUUUGAGCCCAGAAGAACUGGAGGACAGAAGGAAGAGAAGAGAAGAAGCAGCGGCCAAGAGAAAGAGACUGUUAGAGGAGAAGAGGAAGAAGAAGGAAGAAGCAGAACAUAAGAAAAAGAUGGCCUGGUGGGAGUCCAACAAUUACCAGUCCUUCUGCCUGCCUUCCGAGGAGAGCGAACCAGAGGACGGGGAAGAUGAGAGCUCUGCCCAACUGGAGUAUGAGGACCCAGACUCAACCUCCAUCAGAUAUGUAAGCGGUGACGUCACCCACCCCCAGGCUGGGGCGGAGGAUGCUGUCAUUGUGCACUGCGUAGAUGACUCUGGCCGCUGGGGCAGAGGUGGUUUAUUCACAGCUCUGGAAACAAGAUCUGCUGAGCCAAGAAAAAGAUAUGAGUUGGCUGGAAAAAUGAAAGAUUUGAGUUUGGGAGGUGUCCUUUUAUUUCCUAUUGACGAUAAAGAGUCAAGAAACGAAGGGCAAGAUUUGUUGGCCUUGAUUGUGGCUCAGCACCGAGAUCGUGCCAAUGUCCUGUCUGGCAUUAAGAUGGCAGCCCUAGAAGAGGCCCUGAAGAAGAUAUUUUUAGCAGCAAAGAAGAGGAAAGCAAGUGUCCAUCUUCCACGCAUUGGACAUGCCACGAAAGGUUUUAACUGGUAUGGUACUGAGCGACUUAUUCGGAAACACUUGGCUUCAAGAGGCAUCCCAACUUAUAUCUACUAUUUUCCUAGAAGCAAGGCUGCCAUCCUUCAUCUACAGGCCUCAUCUUCAUCCUCAGGAUAGCUAGUAUCUUAACAAUCAGCUCAGCAUCAGAUCUAGCCUUCAGCAACCAGCUGAAAAAGCUGGGAAAAAAAAAAAGCUAGUUGCUCAAAACCACUGUAAUAGAGUAUUUCAACAAGGAAUCAGGAUCUGGUGGGCCUCUGAGAGACUGUUUUCUGAAUUCUACUUUUGUUCUCCUGAAUGUGUUACUGGUGUGUAAUACCUGUAAUACAGCUAUGCAAAAGUUAUUUGGGAAUAUCCUUUGGCAGUUUGCCAGUGCCCCAGUAUGCAUAGCUAUUUGUAUAAUAAUAAAUACCCUUUCUCUCUCUAAA